AUGGAGCUUGGUAGUCACCUGAAAGGGGAGUUUCCAUUCGAUACGACGUGGACAAACUUGAAUCACGGAUCCUUUGGAACCGUGCCAAAAGUAGUCUUAUCCAAGCAGCGGGAGUACCAAAACGCAGCUCUGUCGCGCCCAGACCAUUUCAUGUGGUACGACUACCCACGACUUAUUGAAAGCUCGAGGGCCGCAGCGGCAGCGCUCGUGAAUGCUCCAGUUGAGACGGUCGUAUUCUUGAGCAAUACAACCGAGGGUUUGAGCACCGUGCUGCGAAAUCUAGAAUGGGAAGAUGGCGACGUAAUUCUGCACUUUUCUACCGUCUACGACCUAACCAAAAAGGCCAUUGACUUUACCGUCGACCAGCAAGGGGGCAAGCUGACAACCCAGGGAAUUGAAAUCGAGUACCCCGUUGAGGAUGAGGAAGUGGUACGUCGCUUCGAAGACGCAGCACGCGCUGUCCGAGAUUCCGGCAAGAACCCAUGCCUCUGCGUCUUCGAGCUGGUGUCGUCUCAGCCAGCAGGGCUGUUCCCAUGGGAGGCUCUUGUCCGCGCGUGCCGGCAGCUGGGCAUCCUCAGCAUGGUCGACGGCGCGCAGGGCGUCGGCAUGAUCAAGCUCAACCUCGCCGCGACGGAUCCCGACUUUCUCGUGUCGAGCUGCCACAAGUGGCUGUUCGUGCCACACUCCUGCGCCGUCUUCUACGUGCCGGCGCGGAAUCAGCACCUCCUGCCGAGCCCUCUGGCGACGAGCCGCGGAUACAGCUCCAAGUCGCAGCGGGAGCCAGCCGCAUCGAGCUUUGACGCGAAAAGCUACUUUGCGCGGAACUUUGAGUUUACGGGCACGCGGGAUGCGUCCGCGUGGCUGGCGGUCAAGGACGCCCUUGCCUACCGGGAGGCUGUGCUGGGCGGCGAGGACAGGAUCAUGCAGUAUCUCGUUCGUCUGAAUAAAGCGGGCGGUCAGCAGAUUGCCGAGCGUCUGGGAACGUUUGUAUUGGACAAUUCCAAGGGCACAAUGACGGACUGUGCUUUGUGCAAUGUGGCGCUGCCACUUUGGCUAGAUGCCAAGGGAGCGGGCGCGAAAGAGUCUGAUGUUGUGCUGCCUGUUGAAGCACUCGACAGGGCGAUGGGAUGGAUCUUCAAGCUACUGAUGGAGCAGUACAAAACAUCAAUGCCGCCAUUUAUCCUUGGCAAGAGGUUCUUUUUGCGGGUCAGUGCCCAGGUAUAUCUCGAUCUCAAAGACUAUGAUUUCGCAGCGGUAAUAGCAGAGGAUAUCGUGAGGGGCAUACGAGAUAAAAGUUAUCUAGAGGACUCUCGCCUAUGA